GGAUGAUAUCCUUCUCCCAUUGACUCUGCAUGAUGAACAGCGCAGCGAAUAGCGCAGAUCAGCAAUUUCCAAAUAUUUAAUCGACGCCUGCAUGCAUCACGUGGGGACCACCUAAGCGAACUGGCCUGACGUUGUAUGAUCGAUCCGCCUGGUCUCACUCUAAUCCGCUAGUCUUCGUAUGCAGUGGAUCCCCUAUCGGUUCCUCGAUGCAGAAAAGCGAAAACACGAGGGCGGAUAUAUGAAUCCCACGGUCUUUCCCGCACGCUGUCUUUCUUCCAAUCCCAUCCCUUGAUUGCGGUCGAUCUUUUCUGUUUCCAGGGAUUUACCUCACAUCCCUUCUUUCCUUCCACUACGGUCACAAUGGCCUCGAAAAUGCUGUUCCUGGCCUUGGCAGGUGGUCUGGCUUUGGCCGGCCCUGCCCAGCAGAACCAGUCAGAUAGUUUGGUGGCUGCUCAGGUUCUGAGUGACCCCUAUUCCUAUGAUUUCCCUCGGCUCGGUGCCUCUGGCGCCUCCCUGUUUCCGAUGCGCUUGUACAACGGGUUCAAGCUUGAAGAGGCCAGCAUCGAUGAUAUCCAGGAGCAGCUGGCGGGCGGAAACCUGACCAGUGUGGACCUGCUGCAGUGUUAUUUGGAACGUAUCUAUCAGACGGAUUCGUACCUGAAGGCCAUCCUGCAAAUCAACCCCGAUGCUUUCCACAUCGCCAAAGCUCUCGAUGCCGAGCGCGCCCGCGGUAAAGUUCGCGGUCCACUUCACGGUAUCCCAUUUAUCGUGAAGGACAACAUUGCCAGUAAGGAUCGUCUGGAGACCACGGCCGGUAGCUGGGCGCUCCUCGGAUCCAUCGUUCCUCGUGAUUCCCAUGUUGUUCAUAACCUGCGCUCCGCUGGUGCUCUCCUGUUGGGCAAGGCGGCCCUCAGCGAGUGGGCCGACAUGCGCUCUAACAACUACUCGGAGGGGUUCACCGGCCGCGGAGGCCAGUGCCGCAGCGCUUACAAUCUGACCGUGAACCCUGGUGGAAGCAGCUCUGGGUCCGGAGUUGCAGUCGGCGCCAACCUGGUCCCUUUCGCGCUGGGCACGGAGACAGACGGCAGUGUGAUCAACCCUGCGCAGAGAAACUCGAUCGUCGGCAUCAAGCCUACCGUCGGACUGACCUCGCGCGCGGGUGUCAUUCCCGAAUCCACGCAUCAGGACACGGUCGGCGCCUUCGGCAAGACGGUUCGCGACGCCGUCUACGCUCUCGACGCUAUCUACGGCAUCGAUCCUCGCGAUAACUACACCCUCGCGCAGAAGGGACUGACGCCUCAUGGUGGGUACGCGCAGUUCCUGACCAACAAGACCGCCCUCAAGGGCGCAGUCUUCGGUAUUCCCUGGGAGUCGUUCUGGGCUCUCGGCGACCGCGACCAGAUCAGCCAGCUUCUGGAACUGGUCGACUUGAUCAAACAGGCCGGCGCGACUGUGAUCAACGGCACCGAGCUCCCUCACUACAAGACCAUCGUGUCCCCCGACGGCUGGAACUGGGAUUACGGCACCACUCGCGGAUUCGUCAACGAGUCGGAAUACACCUACAUCAAGGUCGACUUCUACAACAACCUCCGGGACUAUCUGUCCGAGGUCAACAACACCAACAUCAAGUCCGUCGAGGACCUCGUCCAGUAUAACGCCGACAACUACGGCUCGGAGGGCGGAUUCCCCAGCAUCCAUCCGGCCUUUGGCUCGGGCCAAGACGGCCUGAUCGCCUCGCUGGAGAGCAAGGGGAUCAUGAACGAGACGUACUUCCAGGCUCUGGAAUUCUGCCAGCGGACGACCCGCGAGGAGGGAAUUGAUGUGGCACUGAAGCAUAAGAAUCAGACGCUCGAUGGUCUGCUGGUUCCGCCCGACGUGGCGCAGAGUAUCCAGAUUGCGGCGCAGGCUGGGUAUCCUGCUAUCACUGUCCCGGCCGGCGUGGGCAAGGAGUCCGGCAUGCCGUAUGGUCUGGCGAUCUUGAAUACUGCGUUCUCGGAGCCGACUCUGGUUCGGUAUGCCAGUGCUAUCGAGGAUUUGCAGAAGAGCACGAAGACGAAGUGGCAGCGCUCGUUGCCGGAGUGGAGGGGAUACUUGACUCGGAAUUUGCCGGUUAUCAUGUGAGAUAGGAGUGUUAUUCUGGAGGCUAUUAUCUUGUAUAUUCAUUCGUUGCUAGACAUGAGUCAGUGAGCUCUAUAGAUAUUAUCGACAAUCAACUAAUAUUUUGCAGAAUAUCA